CUGAAAAUGACACGUUCAAGUUCUCUCAGAUUCUCCAUUCUCUGCCCUCUCCCUUAACUCUUUUCUCUGGGGUUCAAAUGAUUUCAAAUCGUCCCUCUUGAAACUCCGGCAUUCACCACCACCACCACCACCCUCUCUCUCUCUCUCUCUCUCUCUCUCUCUCUCUUCUUCAUUCUAUCCUUUCUUCUGCCCCUGCCGAAUAUAUAAUCACCAUCUUCGUGCGAACUGCAUAUCCAGCAGGUAGAUGGCUGAUUCAACGAAGAACCCUGGUGAACCUCCUCCUCCUCCACCUCCCUCAACAGCCGCCGCCGCCGCCGCCACGACAACCACCACCAAGGCCUCAUUUAGACACAAAACGACUAGCGCCUCUAACUCUCGCGCAUCCCCUCUUUCUUCCCAUCUCCAAAUGAUCGAACUCAAAAACCGGAUCCUUACUUCCCUUAACAAGCUCUCCGACCGCGACACUCACCAGAUCGCCGUCGACGAGCUCGACAAGAUCUCACAGACGCUGGCCCCUGACUCCAUUCCCAUGUUCCUUAAUUGCCUCUAUGACGCCGCCGAGUCCCAACAGAAGCCCAUCGUCCGCAAGCAAUCCAUCAAGCUCCUGGCUGGCCUCUCCCUAUUCCACCCCGACUCCCUCUCUUCCCACCUGCCGAAGAUCAUUACCCACAUUGUAAAGCGGCUUAAAGACCCCGAUUCCAGCGUCCGGGAAGCCUGCCAAUCGGCGGUUAGCGUCUUGGCGGAACAGUACCUCAAGGAUGGGGAGAAGAAUAAUGGGGGCUUGGUGGUGGGCUUGAUGGUGAAGCCUUUCCUCGAGGCAUUGAGCGAGCAGAACAAGACUGUGCAGGCGGGAUCUGCAAUGUGUUUGGCGAGACUGGUGGAGUCUGCGAGCGAUCCGCCCAUUCUGGCCUUCCAGAAGCUGUGUCCCAGAGUGUGCAAGUUCCUGGGUAGUCCCAAUUUCUUAGCCAAGGCGGCGUUACUGUCUCUUGUCUCAAGCCUUGCCCAGGUGGGUGCCAUGGCGUCGCAUAGCAUGCAAGUACUUCUGCAAUGUAUUCACGAAUGCCUUGAGAGUAGUGAUUGGUCUACACGCAAAGCAGCUGCUGAAGCGUUGUGCCAAAUAGCAUCACAUUCAGGCCAUCUGAUUGGCGAUGGUGGGGUUUCCACCAUUACUGCAUUAGAAGCCUGCCGUUUUGAUAAGGUUAAACCUGUUCGGGAUAGUAUGAAUGAGGCUUUACAGCUUUGGAAGAAUGUUGCAGGAAAAGAGGGAGAUGGGAACUCAGAAGGAACAAAAUCAGUCUCACAUGAAAGCAAGAAUCCUGAGAUGAAUGAGCCUUUAGAACAGCUGGAACCGCAAAAAUCAAGCCCCAGUGCUAGAAGAAGCGAAGCUGGUAUAAAAGAUCCUUCAAAGACUUCCAAUCCUGUUGCUGAUUCUCCUUCUAAAGUCCAAAGCAGUACCAUAUCUGAUAAAACAGUUGGAUUGUUAAAGAAGAAGCCGCCUAUAUUAAAUGAUAAAGAAUUGAACCCAGAAUUCUUCCAAAAACUGGAGUCAAGGGGUCCGGGAGAUUUGCCUGUUGAGGUGGUGCUACCUCGAAGGCAUCUACAGUCUUCUCAGCCACAAACUGAAGGAUCACAAGCAAUCAGUGAUGGUACCAUCAGUGGGAGCAAUAGUAUAACACCACAUGGUGAUGCACUUGAAAUUACUAACACUGAUAGAAGGGUAGAGGCGCAUGAUAGGGGAAAUGUGGCUGAGGAUGGUGCACGUGAUAGGUGGUUGGAGCAAAGGAGCUUCAGAGGAAAGGAAAGGGCAAUGGACUACAAUGAUAAGAUUGAAAGCAUCCAAAGGGAUUUGUCUAGCUCUCGAAUUGGUUUCUCUAGAGGAGAUGGACUAACAGACAAUUCCAUGGGUAAGGGGAACUGGUUAGGAAUUCAGAGGCAAUUGAUGCAAUUGGAACGACAGCAAGCCAGUAUUAUGAAUAUGUUACAGGAAUUUAUGGGUGGUUCCCAUGAUAGUAUGGUAACUUUAGAAAAUAGGGUUCGAGGCCUUGAGAGGGUUGUUGAAGACAUGGCUCGAGACCUAGCACUUGCAUCCAAUAGGAGAGGGAGCAACUUAAUGCUAGGGUUUGAAGGAUCCUCCGUUAGACCUUUAAGUAAAUACAAUGGAUAUUCUGACUAUGCCAGUGGCAAACUGAGUAGGAAUGCUGACGGGCGGAUUUUUUCAGAUAGGUUCCCCUCUGAUGGUAAUGUACUUGGAGCACGGGGAAGGGAUCUAUCAUGGCGGUCAGAUGCAACAGAUACAUGGGAUUCUUAUUCCUGUGGUAGCCCAAGAAGUACACAUCUUUCUUCUAGAAGAGCUGUAAAUGGAGCUACCAAUGAUGGAAGGUUGUCCAGAAAUGACAUCGAUCAGGUUGGUAGUAGGAGAGGGUGGGAUAAGGGGCCCGGUCCUGUCAGGCUUGGUGAGGGGCCUUCAGCCCGGAGUGUAUGGCAGGCUUCAAAGGAUGAGGCGACCCUAGAGGCUAUUCGUGUAGCUGGAGAAGACAAUGGAGUCUCUCGAACAAAGUCACGGACAGCAGUCCCUGAUGCAACUGGAGAAGCUCUAACAAGUGAGAACUUAGGACAGGAAGGAGGACCAUUUUGGACUACAUGGACCCGGGCAAUAAGUUCACUUCAUGCAGGCGAUGUAGAUUCUGCGUAUGCUGAUAUCUUGACUACAGGUGAUGACCUGCUUCUUGUGAAACUGAUGGACAGAUCUGGUCCAGUAAUGGACCAGCUUUCCAACAAAAUUGCAGGCAAAGUGUUGGAUGCAGUUGUACAGUUUCUUCAAGAACCAAGUCUACUAGACAUGGGAUUGUCCUGGACCCAGCAGUUGGUAGAUUUGGUGAUGGAGAAUGGAGCAGAAUUUUUAAGUAUUUCUUUUGAAAACAAGAAAGCCCUGUUGUUUAGUUUACAUGAAGCAUCAAGGAUGGAACUACCAGAUGAUUGGGAAGGGGUGCCAGCAGAUGAAUUGAUGAUGCAACUAGCAACAAUCUGGGAGAUCGAGUUGCAACAGUUCAAAAAAUAGCAUAUGGUCACUAUAACUUUCUUUCUCUUGUAUAUUUUCCUUUUUUCCUUUAUGGGGUUGAAAUGCUUCUCAUGCAAGGGGAACUUGCCAGGUUCCUCUUGGAGGUUUGUAUUUUAUGUAAUUUUGCAUGAAAAAGUAGGGCAUGAUAUGCUAAUUUGAUUUCCGUCACGAUCAGACAAGGUCCAUUUGGAUGUCUUAGUGAGCUCUUGCUAAGUUGAAUGAUAUUUUUGCCCUUUCAUCUUCGUAUGAUUUUGAAUUUUAA